GCGAUUCACAACGUACGCGACCCACUCAGUACGACAGUUGUCCGCUGCCUGCGCGGCGCGCGCGCCUCUUCCCGUUUCCGAUUCGAUAACAUUCCUUAACUUAAAAUAAAUCUAGUCAAAAUGAAGUUCAGUGUUUUCUGUGAUACUAACUGGAAGUGUUUGUGUGAUAAACGAAAAAGUGGAUUAGCUCUGUAACGACACGCUACGGUUCAAAGAACAAUGCUGUGGGAAAAAAUAACGUUCAGCUGGCAUCGGCAGUCGUUCCCAGCUACCUACCGAACGUCUCUCCCCCCGCGGGCCGGGUGCCGGGUUCAAUGCGCCUCUCUGCGUUUAUUCAUCGCUUGUGGGAAAAGUUGACCCCCGUUUAAAAAAUAUUGUUAACGAAUUCACACGAUUCCUGUUCUAUUGAUGCGUGUCUUAAGAUGAAUGGAUCAUCAGCACCAGUGUGCCUAUUAGAUCAUUAUGAGAUCAUUUCCUAGACACCUGCAAUUGAAAGAGAAUACAUAUUUCUAUCUUAAAGUGAUAAUUUCUGUUUACUUGCAAAGGUGUCUUUAAUAAUGAACUAAGCCCAAUAACUUUUUUUACUCGCAAGCCGUCAAGGUUGCACCAUUCCUCAGUUCGAGUUGUUUGUUUUGAGCUUUGCUGUGUUUGUCGAGUUUCGAGUUCGUCGAAAUUGUUAUCUUGUUGUGCCACGGAUUGUGUACCAGUACCUGUAUCAGAAUCAGAAGUGAUUUACCUCAUUAUUAGAUAACUUGUUUUUGGUGAACACGGAGAUGAAACGUGUCGGAUUUGUCGUUAAAAUUUAAAUUGAAUUAACUAGAUUCCGAAGGCCAUGGAUAUAGUGCGGCGCGUGAACAGUGCAAAGACUUCGCAUAGGUAGUGGCGCUAAGUGGAUUAGUGGAUAUGUGCUAGUGCAGUUUAGUGUCUAGUGUACCUAUUUGGAUUUCGCUGCAUUGUCUUCAAAAUGGGGAACCAAGGCUCGUCAGCUCACGAGCCUUUCGACCGAGCUCAAACGCAGAACGCCACCGAUUUGAAAAUGAAAUCGUCAGUGCGCAGUUCAUUGCGGCGGGCGCGCGCCGGCGGCGCCCUCUCGCCGCCCCGCGCCGGCAUGGAGCGCCUGCGCCGCUCGUUCCGGGAGUCGUUCCGGCGGCGCAAGGGCUCGCCGCCGGAGUCGGCGCGCCCGCACCAAUGGCACGCCGACGAGGCGGCCGUGCGCGCCGGCACUUGCACUUUCCCCGUCAAGUACCUGGGAUGCGUCGAGGUGUUCGAGUCAAGGGGGAUGCAGGUCUGCGAGGAGGCUCUUAAGGUCUUACGGAAUUCGCGGCGGAGGCCCGUGCGCGCGGUGCUGCAUGUGAGCGGCGAUGGGCUGCGCGUGGUGGAUGAAGAGACCAAGGGGCUGAUGGUGGACCAGACCAUUGAGAAGGUCUCUUUCUGUGCGCCCGACAGGAACCAUGAGAGGGGCUUCAGCUACAUCUGCCGCGACGGCACAACUCGUCGCUGGAUGUGCCACGGGUUCCUGGCGUCGCGCGACUCGGGCGAGCGGCUGUCGCACGCGGUGGGCUGCGCGUUCGCGGCGUGCCUCGAGCGCAAGCAGCGGCGAGAUAAAGAGUGCGCCGUGUCCAUGAGCAUUGACGCGGCUAGCCACGCGUUCGUGAGGCAGGGCUCUUUUAGGAAAUCUACGAUGACGUCCCGGCGCGCGUCGGAAGCGGACACGCCGCCGGUGCCGGCGCUGCCGAGCGUGCCGCUGUCGGCGCCGGCGGCGCAGGCGGCGCCGCGGCCCACGCCGCACAACCCGUUCGCCGUCGAGCGCCCGCACGCCGCGCCGCACCUGCUCGAGCGCCAGGGCUCGUUUAGGGGCUUCUCGCAUCUCAAUAACAGUUCCCCAUUCAAGCGGCAGAUGUCGCUUCGCAUCAGCGAGCUGCCGUCCAACCUGGAGCGCACGCGCGCCGGGCUGGGCUCGCCGCCGCGCGUCGUGCCCGCGCCCGCCGCCGUCGCCGCCAUCACGCCCGCCGCCGCCAUCAUGGCCAGCCCUGCGCCCGACACCAUGCUCGCGCAGACGGGUGGUUCAGAAGGCGCGGCGGAGCCGGACCCGGUGCUGGCGAUGUGCCAGCAGCUGUCGCUGGGGCUGCGCGCGCUGACGGAGGAGCCGGUGCCGGUGCCGGUGGCGGUGGCGGUGGCGCCGGUGCCGCUGCCGGCGCGUGGCUGGGCCGCGUGGCGCGCGCGCGUCCGCCGCCGCUGUCGGCCGCCACGCGCGCGCAGUCCUUCGCCGGACACGCCAACACCAACCCCUUCCUCACGCCCACGCCCGCCCCCAUGUAGGAUGCCCGAUCUGAACGAGCGCGAUCGCCCGUGAAGCUUUGUUUGCGUUGAGGUCCGUCGGAGACCUUCGUUUUGUAGCUAUCGGCGAAGACUUAUGUUUGACCGAUUUAACGCUGAAGAGACGACUGACGAGGUCCUCUGUCUAAAAUGAUUUAAUAUCGAGCGUGAGCUCGUAUGUCUUGCCUUAACAUUUUACAACCGUCGUAGAAUAGACGCGUGAUUUUUUUAAUGCUGUCCGCACAAUAGUACGCUAUGGUCUGAAAUAUUCAAGUGAAAAUGGCAAAACAAAUAUUUGUGUGUAUAAAUCGGUUGUGUACAGGAGUUUACUUAAUUUUGUUUUAAUAGGGCAUUUAAAUAAUUUCUAAAUAUAUAAAAUAGGAAAAUUUUUGACAGUGCGAGUCGUUGAUUAUGCAAUUAUACACAACAUGAUUAUAAUAAUGGUUACAGUAAUACACAUCAUGUUUGUAUGGUGUGAAAUUUUAUUAUAACUGAGGCGAAAAUUGCUAGUGUACACACAAAAAAGAAAUGUGUAGUAGAUAUUUCAUAUAUGUCUGGGACUUAGAAGAAUUGUUAACAUCGACGUGUGAAAUGCUCAAAUCAGAUUAUUUAUCGGGUAUUUAAAUCUGUUAGGACUAUUCUUAUUGAAUGUAUGAGAUAUUGAAUGUGAGUGCAAACGAAUACACUGCACGCUCCAGUUAAAAACGCUUUGUAAGAUGGGAAUGUUGUAUGUUGGUGCUGAUUGUCUUAUCAUAUCUGUGUCUUAAUGUCACCGAACCUAUUACAUAGUAAAUCUGCACGCCUAGUGUCAGCUUAAUAACGAAAAUGCGAUCGGUGUUUAUCUUAAAAUAUUGGAUAUUGUAUUAGUAGCAUAAAAUUAAAUAUCUGUUAAUUGUGACUCGCCUGGCGUAGCCAGAUCAGACUUCACUUGCAAGAGUGAUAUUUUUGUUUUAUAAAAAUAUACUCUAGGCGGUUUAGCGCAACUUGCGUUGUCGCGCGCGAGUCCAUACAUCAAGCGCGACUUCAACAAGCAUGGACUCUCGCGGGCGAGAGCGCAAGUUGUGCUGGACCCCCACCUAGGCGAUGGCCUGUGAUAGAAACUUCAGUCACACUGACAAAUCGGAGUCUUAAGUAAUCAUAUGUGGUGUUCCAUAUCUAAAAGGACCUUAUGCAAUCAGCAUAAGGACACUUUUCAUUUGGAAAUACACAUAUUGUCUCAGUAAACGAUGUUAUGAAUUAGUCACUUAUUAUUAACGGACGGUAAUGCCUGAAUGAGGCUCAAAGGAUUGGUCUAACUAACAUUUGGCUGAGUAAAUGAUCAGCUAUUCUAGAUAAUCUAAUUACGCUCUGACUCUUUGAGCUAUCAUUAUCAGGUGACAGAGUAAACCGGAAGGGAAUUGUAAUUUAGGUAAAUGUUGUACUUAAUUCUGUCUAUAUAGCAUACCGCACUAUGCUUUUGCGCCGCACACUCUUUGAUAAUUAUAUGUAGUAUACGUAAGGUAGAACUAGUUCACGUAUAUUCGUCCAUGGACAGUAUUAACGAGUCGAGAGCCUUGUUCCCGCAAUGCGAAACAAAAAUAACGAACAAUGCAGUAUUUAACUUAAUCGGUAAAUACUUAUUACUGUAUAGGGUUUUGGAUAUAUUUUUCCACUUAUUUUGUAUAUAAUUGUAAAUUAGUAGACUUUACGUUUGUGAAUCUAUUUUUAAAUGAAUCAAUAUAUGCGGUUUGUGCAGCCUGUAAGGGUUGUCAUUACUGCGUAAAGUCGUGCUUCAUUGACUACUUCGAAAUACUUAAAAGAUUUUGUGUACUUACGUGUUAUGUCUUGAGUUAUUUUUAAUGUUAUUCUGUUA